AUGCCGGGAUUCAGAUUCCUUGCAGGCGCUGUCCACCUCGGCCGCCGCGCCGUCCGCCAUAAACACCAUUUUCUUUCCAUAUCUUUCACUCUCUUCUUCAUUCUCCCCAUUUGCACCUACAUUCUACUUGGCACCUUUCUGCAAAAUGACCCGAGGCUAGUCCCCCACGCAAUCCGCAAUGCGCAAAACGUCCUGCUGAUUACGGCGCAUCCCGAUGAUGAGUGCUUAUUUUUCACGCCAAGUAUACUCCAGAGCUCGGGCAAGGCGCACGUGAAUCGUCAUUUGCUUGUUCUGUCAUCUGGUAACUAUGAAGGCCGCGGCGAACAACGCCGCACCGAAGCCAAAGCGUCCUGUGCCGAACUCGGCAUCGCAGUCGACAAAUGCCUAAUUCUCGAACACAAACAGCUGCAAGACAACCCUAGGGAAUGGUGGGAUGAGAAGGUGGUGGAGCAGAUCCUCGACCACUACGUUCGUCAAUGGAGCAUCGAUCUAAUCAUCACAUUCGACUCAUACGGCGUCUCGGGACAUGUCAAUCACAGGUCCGUUAGCAAAGGCGUGCGCAAAUUUUCCAGCGACAACGACCAUAAUCCACCAGCGUACGCGGUGCAGUCGAAAUUCGUACUGCGCAAGUACUCAUCAUUGGCGGACCUAAUCCCGACUUCGUUACCGUUUACCUGGAGGAUCCUUGAGGCCCUCUUCACACCAGUGCCUGAGGGCUAUGCGACCAUGCUGUCGAUGGGAGGGAAAAAGGUACCGCUUCCACAAGGUGGGGAUAGGUAUGGUGAUAAGGCAUUGUUGGUCACAAAUUGGGCACAGUAUAUGAAAGGGCGAGCGGCGUUUAACCAACAUGCAUCACAAUAUUCGUGGGAUAGGGUAUUGUAUAUGGUGUUGAGUCGUUAUAUGUGGUUUAAUGAUUUGAGGCGAAUGUAA